AUGGCUGGAAACUCCGAACUGGUGAAAAGAGUCUUGCGCUGCAAACUUCAACUAGCAGACACGGCAAAGUCUUCCACGGUUCUCAAAGUCUUGCAGAAGCUCAACAAACUAGACAUUACCGUAGAGGUUCUAGCUGAAACUGGAAUUGGAAAAACUGUGAAUUCCUUUCGCAAACACAGAGAAGCUGGAGAAUUAGCCAAGUCACUAGUCAAAGGUUGGAAGAAACUAAUCCCUAAAAAGUCAACAAGUCAUACAGAAGAUGGAAAUACAUCCGACAGUUUCUCCAUCAAAAAACAAACUGUCAGUGACCUAAAUAGCACAAGUAGUGGAAGCCAGACAGUGGAUAAUUUAAGCAAUAAAUGCUUCACAUCAAAUAGCAAACAACUGACUGAAAAAUUUCUUCGUGAGGAAAUACAUGAAGAUCGCAAAAGAAGAAAAGCCAACCAUGAAGCAAGUGUUGAAGAUGACCCAAAGAAGUUGAGAAAUGGAAUCCUGAGUUUAAAAAAGGCUCUUCUUCAGGGCAAACGUGAUAAGUUUAUCUUCAAGCACAAAAAAAAUGGCAAAGGCAGCGUAGACUGUGGCGGCUCUCAUUUAAAAAGAAAGAAAAAGCCAAAAAAGAAGUUGAAGCCAACAAAGGAAGUCCCGCAGGACUGUAAUGAAACCUUAUCAUCAUAUCAAAAAGACUUGAAAAUGUCCCCCGACUUGAGUGAUGCUCAACGCGACAUAUCAAGUAGCCCGGAAAACCGAAGUCGAAAACGGACUAAACAGGAGAAAAAAAGCAAAGCAGUGCCUGAUCAAGAUGAGCUGGAAACAUCUUCCAACAAAAAGGCCAAAAGCCAACAUGAAAACAGUGAGAAUGAAAUAGAGGAACCUUCUAUGUCUUUUGAAUCUUACUUGAACUACGAUGAAAAGGCCUUGAAGAAAAAUCGAACCAGAGCAAAGAAAACAUUAAAAAAAAUCAAGACUGUCAGUAAGGAGCAGUCUCUUGUAAAACCUGUAGAGCCACAGAGGAUGCCCAUUUCUCCAAAAAAGAUGCAUAUAGAUUCUCCAAAGGACGGACUUAACUUUCAUUUGCCUACCCUUCUACCUGAAUGUAACAAAGCAUUCAGUUUUGAAUACCUUGAGAGGAAAGUUGAGAAAGAGCCUGAUUUCGGGGAUCUAUCUGAGGACGCCGCAGUCUUUACAGGCCAGCGGCAAAACAAGAAAAUGCAGGUCUACUCUGGAGCCACCAAGACUGUUUUCCUCCCUGCCAUGAUGAGCUUGUACCAGCAGUGUAUUCGCACGCUGCAGAACAAUAUCAAUUUGCUUUAUGAGACUGGUGGAGUCCCAUUUGAAAUCCUAGAGCCAGUGUUAGAGAAGUGCACCCCGGAGCAGUUGCUGCGUAUUGAGGAAUACAAUCCGCUGUACAUUGGAGUGACGGACCACCUGUGGGGGAAACACUGCCAGAGGGACUUCAAAGAUGCCAAAUUACUGCAGUACGAGUCCUGGAAGGAAAUGUACAUCAGACUAUCUGAGGAGAGGGAAAAAAAAUUCCAGACACUGGCCAAAAAGAUCGUUUCAGAUCAUUCCAAGAAAUCUAAAGGCCGGCAAGUGAAGAUGGCAUUUAUUCACACGGUUGCUAAGCCACCGAGGGACGUGCGUAUUCAACAAGAAAUCCAUGGCACAGCGGUUCAGCAGCCUCAGCAACCCAGGAUCAGCGUCAAGUCCCUUGAGAGCAGACCAAGGCCGAGCAAUGAGCCUGUGAAGACCAGCAGCACCACCUCGGGCCCAAUCAGCACACAAGACUCUCGCAAGAAAACAAGGGUGGCACCAAUGAUGGCAAAGUCCUUAAAGGCAUUCAAAAAGCAGCUGGGACGGCGAUGA